AUGGCCGAUUUUGAACACAUCGAUAUCUCGGAGAGGUUGACUCGCGUCGCGAACGAGAUUAACGCCUGUGAUGAGCGAAUCAACUCACUCCAAGAUAUGAUCAACUUCUGGGAAAACUCCUUAGCGGGAGACCAAAGAGGACCUGCACCUGCAGAACCCAAUACAGGCUACCCUAUGACUGUGUCCCCUGAAGCUUUGGAUAUGUCCCAGGGACAGGCACAAACAAUUGAAAUAUCCGAACAACAAGGCCUAUUUGAGCAACAUGGGUUGCCGGAGAGACAUGGGCUAUUUGAGCAAUACAAACCAUCAGAUCAAUAUGAAUUGCUAGAACAGUGCGGACCAGUAGAGCAUGGUGGAUCGUCAGAACAGCUAGGACCAUUCGAGUGGCACGGAGUAGCUGACCAAUACCGGCCAUCAGAACAACAGGAUCCUUCAGAACAACAUGUGCCGUUAGAACAAUAUGAAACGUUAAAACAAGAAGAACUAUUAGAGCAACAGGAAGCAUUAGAGCCUACGACUUCCGAUGGAAUGGAGCAUUUGUACGAUUAUUCGUUACAGGAGCAAACUGAGAGGACCCUGGAUGAGCUGAAUUCCUUCUUACGGGAAGCAAUAAGAACAAAAGACGAGCUGGAAGGUGCCAUGGUUAUUCUCAUGACUGAAUUUAUGCUGAAGGAGGGUCCCGAUAAUAGCAAAGAUAAGAGUAGCUAA